GUAAAUAUAGACGCAUGUUCCCGCUUCAGACGCGCUGUCCUCACGCCUCGGCAAGGCCGCCGCCGUGAUGUCAUGAUUUAACGGGAUUGGAGAGCCUCGUGGAGCUCUUUAGAAACCAAGAGCCAGCGACAUCCGUCCAACUGGGAUGCACUGGGACGUCUGGGGGGUUCUGCUGUGUUGAUUAAAGCCCCACACCUCUUGAUUGAGUGACUUCACAGCCAGUUUAUUAAAGAAGACAUUUCAUACAGCGGUACCGAAUAUGGGGAGGAGUAACUCGUAUCUAUAAAUACAUCUUGUUAAGGGAUUAACCCUUCAUAAAUAACAUCUAUGAAGAACAAUGAAGGGUUGCGUUUGUUGAAGUUUUAAAUGUUCCGCGUGGCAUUUUAUGAUGUGAUGCUUGAGAAGGUAGGGGAUUGAUAUUAAAGGUAUGGUGAGGUAUAGAGGUUAACAGAUAUAGGUGAUUGAUAGUCACGUAUGUUGAGGUAUACAAGUCAGCAGAAGAUAGUUGAUUGAUAUUCAAGGUAUGGUUAUCAGCAGGUAGGUGAUGGAUAGUGGUAAAGGCUCUUAUACAAGAGCCUAAUGUCCCCCUUAUGAAGGUCCUGUAUGCUCAACUGAUUGAGAGAGGGAUUAACACUGCCAGGGGGUUAGGGGUUUGAUUCCCUGUGUAGCUCAAAGUGGUAGAGCAAGGGAUUCACACUGACAGUUGGAAAUAACCCAUUGGAUAAAAGGGUCUUACUAGUUAUGCACAAGUAAUAUUAUAUUGUCCUGGGGUUCAUAACCUGACUCAUAAGUACAUCUGAACGAGGUUCUGUUCAUACUGAUGGUGGUAACUACGGAACCAUGACGCCUGGGAUGUUCUGGGAGGCUGUACGGAGAAGACGCGGUCAACAGCUGCGCCCAAGUCUUCUAGGGAUAGCACUGGACAUACUUCUGCCCCAGCUGUUCGCAGAUCCGAUGAUACGGUCUUGGGGCUGUGUAGUAUCAGGGCUGUAUAGUAUCGGGGCUGUGUAGUCCUGCAGUCCAGACUCUGGAGCUCGCUACAGCGUUCUUAUUAAUUCAGUGACAUCGUUUUAUUUAGGCACCUCCUCCAGAAAGCUGAAUUCCGGAAUUCCAGAGGAUUCAAUUCCAGAUUCCUAAGAUGGAUCCAGCAUGCCGGUAGCAAGAUGGAUCCACCUGGUCAACUGAGACGACCUGGUGACACCGCUGCCCUACCUCCCAGGUGGCUCCCCCGUCCACCCCACCCCACCAUCAGACUCCGCCCCCGGCCACGAGAGCCGGUCCGGUCAGGAUGCCCGGAUGGCGUUCCCGCUGGCGUCUGGUCCUGCUCAACGCGCUGACCUGCGGUCUGGAGAUCUGCCUGGCAGCCGGCAUCACCUACGCCCCCCCAAUGCUGCUGGAGGCCGGCGUGCAGGAGAGAUACAUGACGAUGGUCCUAGGGGUCGGGCCGGUGCUGGGCCUGCUGUUCAUCCCUCUGAUUGGCUCUGCCAGCGACCAAUGCAACAGCAGCUACGGGCGGCGCCGGCCGUUCCUGUGGCUCCUCUCCCUGGGGGUCCUGCUGGCACUGCUCAUCAUCCCCCACGCUGACCGGCUGGCCGCCCGCCUGGCCUGGGGGAGCACCAACCUGCAGGUGGGGUUCCUGAUCUUCGGCGUGGUGCUGCUGGACUUCUGUGGCCAGGUGUGCUUCACGCCGCUGGAGGCGCUGCUGUCGGACCUGUACCGCGACCAGGAGGACCUGGCCUUCUCCAUGUUCUCCUUCAUGGUGAGCCUGGGCGGCUGCGUGGGCUACCUGCUGCCCGCGCUGGACUGGAGCCGCGGCCUGCUGUCCGUGUACCUGGGGGGCCAAGCCGACUGCCUCUUCGCCAUCCUCAUCCUCAUCUUCGUCUGCAGCGUGCUGGUCACCAUGAAGGCGUCGGAGGAGCCGGCCUGCGCGGGGGGCGGGGCCGGCGCCGGGGCCGGGGGCGGGGCGGCGGAGGGGCUCCUGGAGGCCGGGGGGGGCGGGCCCCUGGAGGCGGGGCCUCGCGGGGGGCCCCCGCGGUCCUGCUGCUACGUGGUGAAGUGUAAGCUGCGGCUGCUGCGCUCGCUGCCGCUGCUGUGCUUGCUGCGGCCCUGCGUCGCCAUGACGCCGGCGCUCUACCGCAGCUACUGCCACGUGCCGGCCGUGAUGCGCCGGCUCUGCGCGGCACAGCUCUGCAGCUGGGUGGCCGUCAUGAGCUUCAUCCUCUUCUACACCGACUUCGUGGGCGAGGGGCUGUACCAGGGGGAGCCCAGCGCGGCGCCCGGGACGGCCGCCCGUCUGAGAUACGAUGAAGGCAUCCGCAUGGGCAGCCUGGGUCUGUUCCUGCAGUGCGCCACCUCCACCUUCUUCUCGCUGGUGAUGAGCCGGCUGGUGCGGCGGCUGGGCUCGCGCUGGGUCUACCUGAGCAGCAUGGCGAGCUUCACGCUCUCCGCCGCCGUCAUAUGCGUCUCCAACAGCGUGCUGCUGGUCACGCUGAUGUCGGCCCUCACGGGCUACGCCUACGCCACGCUGCAGACGCUGCCCUACACGCUCACCUGCCACUACCACAAGGAGAAGGAGCUCUACAUGGCGAAGAGGAACCCCAAGAGCGUCCACACGAACGGCGUGAAGCGGGACCCCCCCAACGGGACCGCCGGCUACGCGGAGGCGGGGCUUAACGGACACGCCUACUUCGGCCCGGGCGGCUCCGACUUCUACACCGGCCCUAGCGGCCAGAACGGCUCGUCCAAGGGUCCGGCCGGGCCGGGGGGGGCGGCGCCGGAGGAAACGGAGGGGGGCGGGGGCUUCGAGAAGCGCGGGGUGGGGCUGGACUUCGCCAUCCUGGACAGCACCUUCCUGCUGUCGCAGGUGUUCCCCACGCUCUUCAUGGGACUGAUCGUGCAGCUGGUGCAGUCGGUCACCGCCUACAUGGCGUGCUCCGUGGUGUUCGGCUGCCUGGCCGUCGGCCUGGCCAACCGCAUCGUCUUCGAGCAGCGCGACCUCAAGACCUGAGGCCCGAUGCCGCGGAGCCGGAGCCAUGGCCGACCCGGUGGACCCGUCUCUGCUCCUCCUGGGGUUCCACUUGACGCGCCCCCCUGCCCCCGCCAUGGGGCUGCCCCGUCAGCGAGGGCUUGGUUCAGUGCGUGUGUGUUUGUGUGUGUGGGAGACUGUGUGUAUCCGCUCGCCAGCCUUUAACUGUCGGGGGGUAGUCAACACAGUCACUGUUUCCUCUGGUUUCCAAGGGGAUGGACUGUCAGACCAACGCCCCCUAGUGGUGUCCUCACAGAAUGAAUCCUGCUGAAUUCCAUAGAAAAGAGUUCUCAAAGAACGCCCCCUACUGGCGGAUCUUAGUAGAACAUGUGGUUCUGUCGGAACGCCCCCUAGUGGCGUGUCACAGUAGAACGAGUAGUUCUCAAGGCAGCCUGCCCUUAUCUCAAGGUACUUUGAUGGUGUUUGCGGUGCCAGUAACCUUCAUCUCUGCCCACCAUCCUCUUCCUCAGGUACACACACACACACACUUACUGUAAAAAGGAGACUGGACACAUACGAAGUCUGCAUGUCAGACACACACACACACACCCACACACACACACACACACACACACACACACACACACACACACACACGUGCAAUAACACACUCAUAUACAUAUACUCUGUAUGUUUCAAGAUUUGUUUGGUUCUGAAUUUUAACCAUGUAUCAACAUAUCACCACUCAAUGUGCCAUAGCAAGUUUAACACACGCUGGCUGACGCUGCCCCUCCAUUUUGUGCUGGCUACCAGCAGCUUCACUGGAGUUCUCUGUCUGAUAGAAACUCCACCAAAAGUGCACUUUGCCAAUGAAACCAAUCGACUCCUAAAAGAUCUCCCCCUCACAUCAUAGAACCACGUCAGACCGUCUGUCCACACGCUCGCCCCCCCAGCUCCUCGUUCGGUCUGUGUGACCUGCUGCUGUACAUAGUGUGUUUACUCUUAUUUAUAUCCCUAUGGGAAGAUCUAAUGCAACCUGUGUGAGGUUAUGGACUGCCUUAGCAUCUCGCUCUCAACACAAUGCUCCCUCUACGGACAUUGGUCUCAGGUUACUGCUUAGUGUCCUAACUCUACUACGACAAUCGAGGGUAAGUAGCUCGGCUCUGCUGCUCAGGCUAAUCCGCUAAUCGUUAGCUGACCCCUGACCUCGGCCGAGAUGUUUUGACGGAAGACCAAAGGGCGUGACCUCUAAGGGGUGCACUCUAAGGGCGUGACCUCUAAGGGGUGUACUCUAAGGGCAUGACCUCUAAGGGGUGCACUGGUAGGGCUCUUCAGGGAUAGGGUUUUCAUUUGAAGGCUAACAUAAUUAAUAAUUAAGAUGUGUGUUAAGGCUAACAUUAAGAUGAUAUUUUAUUAAUCCAUGACAUGACAUUCGGGUCAGGACGAUUGAAACGGGACUAGAGGCGGGUCUUUGUGCCAAGUGGUUCAACUCCCAACCCCGUCUGUAUUAACCUGCUGGGAUGCUGAGCCAGCCAGCCAAUCAGAAACUCUGGCUGGUCAGUGUGUCCAAGAGACAGGAGACUGGGAGAUAAAGCAGGAAAAGAUGAAGACUACCACGUGGGAUUUAAUCCAGCCUCCCAGUACGACAACGAGUUGUGCGUCCUUACGAUAACCAGUUGUGCGUCUGUGCUAUAACGAGUUGUGCGUCUGUUUGCAAUGACCGACCAACCUGUUGGCCAGGUUCACUUCAAGUGCCUCUAAACCUUUUCCAAAAUGUACAUAUGUAUUUAUUUAUUAUACUUAAAUAAAACCCAUAAGCACACGUUAAGAACGGCCUUAGCGCUGUCUGGCCAUAUGCGAGUACAAUGGUCAGUUUUGUAAAAAGGUGAGAAAGAUACAUUAUUUGUAUGAAUGUGGUCUAGAAGCAUCCAGAGAUAUAAUUUAUUUUAAUAUCGUUUUACAACAUUACCCUCUUAUGUCGGCAUCACCAUCAUCACCUGUCAGCCAAUCACAGCCAAACGUAAGGUCUCAUCCACAACGACCGUGUGCCGUUGGGAUAUUUGUUGAACUUUUCCUAUUAUUAGGUUUAUAAUUUCCAUCAGAGAUAUUGAUGGUCUAAAAAAAUAUUGACAAAAUGGUCGGUAAUAUUGCUUUACGUUAUUCGCUUAUAACCACUUUUUCCUUUCAGAAAUCUACAACAUUGUUCGGGAGUCUACUAGAUUAUUUUGAGUUACUUGUUGGCCCGUAAAUCGCUUGUUCCCAUCUUCUUGAUUUGUUUCAACAAAGUGCCCAGUUUAUUACUAUUGAACCUGAACCUUUGGAAUACAAUGGGUCUACAAUAACCAUAUUUUUACGUUUUUUAUUCAGACCCUUUGUUAAUCUGUCAUUUUUAAAUUGUGGUAAAUUUGUGCAGUUACCAAAUAGAUUUUAUACUCAAUAAACGAACUGCAUUAUAUCCUCUUUGACUCAUGAUGUGAUGGAACCAAAACGUCCACUGUCGUGUUCUGUACUGAUACACAGUAUAAAGCCUAUCAUCCAGCUCUGUUAGAAGUCCUUAGGCGCUGAUUCCUUAUUGUACCUAUAUAUUGUUUUUGCACUUUCUUACGACAAAUGUACUUAUGGUAAAUCGCUGCGGAUAAAAGCGUCUGCUAAAUGCCCUAAAUGUAGAUGUAAAUGUAGGUCAACGCUGACCUCUAGUGGACGACCGGAGAACUGCGCGCUCCGUUGACGCAACGCUUUCGGGAGCGCAGCCUCCGCUGCUGGCGGUCGGAUGAUAUGACGGGCUUUCAUGUCAAUUCGAAUGGCGUGCUAAAGCUAAGAGACGUAUCUCGUUUCAUGGCAGCGGGCUAUCCGGUGCUAUCCUUGAUGUAUUUUAAGCUAUCGAUGCGCGCCCUCUCUGGGUCGCCAGUUACAAUCUGAAACACAAUCCGGUUAAGAAGAGGUUCUUAUUAUCCGAGAGGGAAGCGCGGAGCGGCGUGGACGAUUGGCCUGUUUCUACACCUACCUUCUAAAUAAGGAC